AUGGCAGGCAAUCAACAGUACCAGUUCCCACCACCUCCUCCGCCUCCUCCUGCCGGUCCUCCUCCAUCGAACUACCCCCAGAACGCGCCGUACGGAUAUGCGCAGCAACCUCAUCAGGGCCCGCCUCGCGGUGGUGGCGCUCCUCGAGGAGGGAGAGGCGGCAAUCAGGGUGGACGCGGUGACUUCCAUUCAUCAUCUCCUUACCCACACACAAAUGGUUACAAUGGCCCGCAGGGACCACAGCAAGGACCUCAAGGCCAGGGACCUCCAGCUGGCUACAACCCCCAGAAUCCUGGUCCCUACAUAGGCCCUCAAGCUCCAGGGCCACAGGGCGGUUAUCCCGGUCCGCAAUGGCAGAAUGAACACCAUCAGCAGCAUGGCGCACCGCAUAAUGGGCCUCAACAUGGUCCAAUGCAGCACCCUCCUCAACCAGCCCCGUUGUCUGCGCAGAACUACCAUCCAAACUAUGCUCCUCAAGCAUAUCAGCAACCGCAAUACGGUCCGCAACAGCCUCCCCAACCCUUUCCGCAGCAUCCACCUUCCUAUGGCCACAGUGUGCCACCUCAACAGCCACCUCAUGGCGGCCCACCACAGCAAUGGUCAGGACCACCUCAGCAUGGCCCGCCACAGUUCGGCGGCCGAGGCCGUGGACGUGGUGGAUUCAAUGGUGGCCGUGGCGGCCAUGAAGCCCCUCUUAUGGGCCCUCCAAUUCGUAUGGGUUUUGACAAUAAUGAGCGAGACCACAUGGCUCAAGCGGGCAAUGGCUUCCCUCCACAAUAUGCAAAUCAUCAGACUCCCCCAGCUCCAUUCUCCCAGCCUGCGUAUCAAGGUUAUCCGCCACAAAGUUUUCCUCAACGUCCGCCACUUGACCCCAAUCCCUACAACUCUGGCUCCCCUCAUCGGGCUAGAGGAAAUAUGAAUUUUAGAGGCAGAGGGCGUGGUGAUUUUCAAUUUCGCGGUCGCGAUAAUCGUCACCAUAGUGGCGGUCCUAGGAAUGCUUCUGAAACUUAUCACAAGCCUGCAGGUGCAGACGCUGGUGGCAAGAAGAAGAAGAAGCGCCGGACAAACACCCUCGGCCUUACACCAAAUGGUGCUGAUCACGAAGAUAGUGACGAAGAAGCUGAUGAUGUUGAUGAAGAAGCUCGUCUUGUUACUUUGCUCGGCCCUGAUACCCCAAUGAUGCCAACUGAUAUUGACGCAUGGCUGGCGGAGCGAAAGGCCCGAUAUCCUACGAAAGCUCGUAGAGAAGCUGCUGAGGAGGAGGCCCGCAAGAAGCGUGAGCAGGCUCAGGAAGCCAAAAACAAGAACCAGCACGAAAAGUCGUCCAAGAAGGAAGACGGCGAGACGAAGCUGGAGAGACAACAGAGAAAGGCUGAGAAGCUCAGAGCCGAACUUGAAAAGGCCGAGCGUAAGAUUCAAGAUUCUAUGUCAGGUUCAAAGCGCAAGCGUGAGAACGGCGAUGAGGGCGAUGACGACCGUGGUCAAGUGAGCGAUGAUGAUUCCGGAGAUUCAUCCAACUCAGACUCCGAAAGCUCCAAGCCCGAGACAAUGUCAUCUCGCAAUGCGGGUCCCACGCGCGUUCCUCAACCACCCAAAGCUCAACUUCAGCGUCACUGCAAGUACUUUUCGACUGGUGGUACAUGUGGCAAGAAGGGCAAGUGUCGCUUCGUGCAUGACCAGGAGGUUCGCAAUCAAGCCUUGAGGGACAAGGAGGCAAAUGGUGGCAAGAUGACACUCGCUCAGCGCCUCAUUCUCAACGACACCGCCAAGGAUGAUCUCACCAUUUUGAAAUCCAUCAAGUACCUCAAGGAGAAGGGAUUGAUGUCAGAUCAACUCUCUGCCAGUGCAACGAAGUCUGAAGACAGCUUGCCGGCUGAGUCCAAGUCCGAAGAGAACGCCUACCCACAGAUGGAUUAUUGA